GUAUCUUUGCCACGCCUCCUCCCCCUCCGUUGGUGCCGCCCACUCUGCGCCUCUGCAUCUUGCCAACUCCGUCCAUCUGCACCGUGCAGGGUUGACUGUGUUAAAGCGUUAAAGCAGUGACUGAAUGACUCAAUCCAUUGGGCAAGUUGAUGAAAAUGCAGAAUUUCCAUGAGAAUCAAGUAGUCCCAUAUCAAAAUCAGAACCUUCACUUCUGCCAAUGAGUUCAAACCCCAGCACUUUGCCUUUCCCACAGUUUCCUGUACGCCACAAUCAUUUUUCUGUUGUAAUCAAGGGAAACAAAACACAGAUUAUUGUUAUGAGUUAUGAAGAUCAUUUUCAGGUUAUAGCAACUCAAAUAGGAACCAUGGGGACAAUACUGCAUGCUAGGAAGGAAGGUGUGUCGAUUAAUCCAACGUUCAAUGUUUCUGUUAUAUUUGGCAAACGGGACGAGCCAAUGUUGGCUGCGUGUGCCCGUCAACUGAUUGAGAAGAUAAGUCUCUCUGGCUCUUCUAAGCCACUGGUGCUCUCGCUUGGUCUUAAAGACCAUUCUAAGGAAACACUGAAAGGCAUAAUUUCAGCUGUGAUCGACAAUGGCCUGUGGUGACAAAUUGCUCAUGAAAUGCCAAAUUUACGAAUCUGUUCUUUUUUUUUUGUUGCUAUUUUUUUUGUAAUUUAGCUACAAAUGUGUUGAAUAUGGGUAAGCUGGAUUGAAGUAUGUGAUCAUUUGAUAUGUUUUGCAAAUUUGGACUAAUUAUACAUGAAAUGAGUGAAAGUGGUUACUGGAUUUCA